AUCUACUGUAAGAUAACAAAUAAGGAGGAGUACAUCUUUAAAGACGAAUAUUUAUUCGACCAGUAUUGAUUUGAUAUUAAUUCAUUUGUUUUAAAAGCAGGCUGUCAAAAUGGCUGAAAGACCAAAAACAUUCAAAAAGCUAAUGGUCCAGAAACUUACCUCCAAUUUUAGAGAAGCUGUAUCUAUUGAAAUCUCAAAUAUGUGUCAUCCAUCAGAAAAUGAAGUUUGCAUUCGAAAUAAGUAUGUUGGCAUCAAUGCUACAGACGUAAAUGUGACCAAAGGAAGAUACGCUUCAGUUGGAGCAAAAUUACCUUUCGGAGUUGGACUUGAAGGUCUUGGCGAAAUUGUAGAAGUUGGAGAAAAUGUCAAAGACUUGAAGAUUGGACAGUACGUAGCGUAUAUGAAUUCCAAGAUAAAUUCUUAUGCAGAAUUUGUUUGCAUUCCUGUGGAGGAAGUUUACCCCAUUCCAGAAUUAAAUCCUGAAUACUUAGUUCUCCUCGUAAGUGGUGCGACUGCAUCGAUUGGAUUGGAUAAGUGUGCCCGCAUCACAGAGAAAGAGAAGGUACUGAUCACCGCAGCUGCAGGAGGAGCAGGACAUAUAGCAGUACAAUGGGCAAAAGCAGCUGGAUGUUAUGUCAUCGGUACCUGUUCAACAGAAGAGAAAGAAAAAGCUUUAAAAGAAUUGGGAUGCGACAGAGUUAUCAAUUAUAAGAAAGAAGAUCUUGCUGAAGUUUUACAGAAGGAAUACCAGAAUGGCAUCGACGUGAUUUGGGAAACUAUUGGAGGACAAGUGUUUGAAACAUGCAUUAAAAAUAUUGCCAACAGAGGAAGGCUUGUCAUCGUUGGUGGGAUAUCAAGCUAUAAAAGUGAAGACAGCUUUAUGCCGAAGUUGGACCUUUCUUUCUUGCCUGAAUUACUUCUUUUCAGAUCUGCUGCAGUUCUUGGAUUUCGCCGAGCAGCGUACAGGGAAUGCUUCACUACUUAUUUUAAAUUUUUAUCUGAAAGCUUGGAGAAAGGAGAUUUGAAAACCCUGAUUGAUAAUGGCGAGAAAUCAGCCGGGGGUGAAUUUUUUGGCAUGGAGGGCAUUAUUAAAGGAGUUGAACAUCUUCAUACUGGGAAAAGUAUUGGAAAAGUCAUCGCCAGACUUUACUGAAUGAAGUUCAUGUCAUGAAAUAAAUCAUUUGUGCUAGAGAAGAAUUUCAAAAUAAAGAUUUUAAAAAUCU